GCUUGUGCGACCGACCAGUCACAGAAAGGAUGUGAAGUUGGAAAGGAGGCGACUUGCGGUUUUUGGUGCUGUGCGCCCAACUCAACUGAGGUUACUUAGUUAUUGGAAAGCCAACGGCAGGUAAACUGCGAUGUCUGGCAAACACAGCUGCUCUUUAUUCUACACGUUUUUAACCGGAUGAUCCCGAGUUGGCGUUUGGUUUAGUCUACAGCUCCUGCUUUGUUUAGUAGGCAGACGUAUCAGCUCGAGGGUGGGAUUCAUUUCUUGCGGACUUUAAGAUUGUUUCGUAUUUGGGGUGCCGUGUUUCAAGUUGUAACGAGAGGCCGGUGCAGCAAGUAGUCAAACUGGACUGUGGAGGCUGGACACUCGCACGUGUUCCUCCUUUCUCCGGCUGCGCACGCACCGUUCAUUCAGCUCUCUGUGGAUAAAAAGUUGUCUUUCUGUUCGGGAUUUUGAUUAAAACUGGAAGAGAAAGAGGCAGACAACAUGUCGCUGAGCAGAAGUAUUGAAUUUGAACACUUCGAGGAACGAGAGAAGCCCCAUCGGACCCCGAGAACCAACUCGGUCUCCGGGUCCCAGUCAGGGUCCAAAGGCAACGGUCUGGUCCCCAGCCCGGCGCACAGUGCGCACUGUAGUUUCUACCGCACACGCACUCUUCAGUCCCUCACGUCCGAGAAGAAAGCCAGAAAAGUACGGUUCUACCGCAAUGGAGACAAAUAUUUUAAAGGCCUGGUGUAUGCCGUGUCUAACGACCGGUUCAGGUCUCUGGAUGCUCUGCUCAUGGAGCUCACGCGGUCCCUGUCGGACAACGUCAACCUUCCUCAAGGAGUCCGGACGUUAUACGCUUUGGAUGGAGGCAGGAAGAUCACCAGCCUGGAUGAGUUGGUGGAGGGCGAGAGUUAUGUGUGUGCCUCCAAUGAGCCCUUCCGACGUGUGGACUACACCAAGAACGUCAACCCCAACUGGUCAGUAGGCAUCAAGUCCGGCACAUCUCGCUCACUCUCCUCUCUCAUCCCGCUGAAGAGUGAGCUGCAGCGCGAGUCCAAGGACUUCAUCAAACCCAAGCUGGUCACGGUCAUCCGCAGCGGCGUGAAACCCCGCAAAGCGGUCCGGAUACUUCUCAAUAAGAAGACGGCACACUCCUUUGAGCAGGUGCUCACUGACAUCACAGAUGCUAUCAAGUUGGACUCUGGAGCAGUGAGGAGACUGUACACCUUGGAGGGCAAGCAGAUUACCUGCCUUCAGGACUUCUUCGGGGACGAUGACGUUUUCAUAGCGUGCGGCCCGGAGAAGUACCGCUAUGCCCAGGACGACUUUGUGUUGGAUCACAGUGGUAAGGCAUCCACAGCCUUUGUGACUGAAUGCAGAGUGCUAAAGUCAUCCCACGGCCGCUCUGCUACUCCGAGCCGGGUAGCGGGUAAGAGCCCCGGACCCUCACGACGCAGCAAGUCUCCUGGUGCAGCAAGACAAACUGUCCACUACUCCACCAGUCACUCUCCAAUCAAAUCGCCAGUAAACGGUGUUUCAAGCAGCCAGAUCUCGACUCCAAGGUCUACCAAGUCCUCAACUCCGUCUCCCACCAGCCCACGACCCGUCCCCAGUUUUAAGAUCCCUCCGUCACAUCACGUCUCAUCGCCGAAUGUAAAUGGCUCGGUGAGCAACCACCAGGAGCAAAGCAAUCGACUGAGUCCGGAGGCAGUUAAUGGUAACCGCUACCCACCUGCGUCCACCAUCUCGGAAAAAUACAAGGUUGGCAAGAUCAUUGGAGAUGGCAACUUCGCUGUGGUCAAAGAGUGCGUGGAGAGGUCCACAGGUAAAGAGUUCGCGCUGAAGAUCAUCGACAAGGCCAAGUGCAGUGGAAAGGAGCACCUCAUAGAGAACGAGGUCGCUGUGCUGCGGAAGGUGAAACACCCCAACAUCAUCAUGUUGAUAGAGGAGGUGGACACAUCCUCUGAACUCUACUUGGUCAUGGAGCUUGUCAAGGGAGGGGAUUUAUUCGAUGCCAUCACCUCCUCGGCCAAAUACACGGAGAGAGACGCCUCGGUCAUGGUGUACAAUCUCGCUGCAGCUCUGAAGUACCUGCACAGCAUCAACAUUGUCCACAGAGACAUUAAACCAGAGAACCUGCUGGUGUUUGAGUAUCCAGAUGGCACCAAGUCAUUGAAACUCGGGGACUUCGGUCUAGCCACGGUGGUGGAAGGACCUUUGUAUACUGUAUGUGGAACUCCUACAUAUGUAGCUCCAGAAAUCAUCGCAGAGUCUGGUUACGGUCUGAAGGUGGACAUCUGGGCUGCAGGUGUCAUCACUUACAUCCUCCUGUGUGGCUUCCCUCCAUUUAGAAGUGAGAGUAACAUGCAAGAGGAUCUGUUUGAGCAGAUUCUUCAGGGGCGACUGGACUUUCCAAGUCCUUACUGGGACAACAUCACUGACUCAGCCAAGGAGCUGAUUGGAAAGAUGUUGCAGGUCAAUGUUGAGGCGCGAUACACAGCACAGGACAUCCUCUCCCACCCCUGGGUCAUGGACGACGCGGGCUUUGGGAACAACAUGAAGAUGGAAGUCACAGGUAAACUGAAGACGCACUUUAACACUGCGCCUAAGCUUAACAACACCACGGCCGGGGUGUCCGUCAUCAUGAAAACAGCUCUGGAUAAGGAGACCCUCCACCUUUCCACCCGUCGUCGUCCAGAGCCCCAAACAGCACCGGGCAAGAAAGUCCCACCUGCUCCUUCAGUCAAACCAGCCUCGCCAACAAAGUCAGGACCGGCUUCUCCAACCAAACGGGCAUCGUGCGCCAAAGAACCAAAACCCGCCACGCUGGCAUCACCCACCAAGACUGCUUUACUCAAAGCACCCAGGACUGCGAGGAUCGCUGCGCCUGCUGCUACGUCCACCUCCAACGCUCCCAGCUCUGGUUCCCAAACCGACAGUGUUGAUUUCCCUCCAUCUGCUGAAACUUUUCCCAAAACUUGGGAAAAGACUCUGCCUGUAUCACCCUCUGCCACUCCCUGCUUAUCUCUAGAAACCCCCUCACCCUCCAGCUGUCCUGGUCUUCGCACAACUGCCUCUAUACCUGACUCCUGUCCUUCCCCAACAUCACCAGCCCGAACCUCCUCCUCCUCUCCCACCAAACCAGUGUCUCUUUCUCCCUCCUCUCCCACCAAACCAGCAUCUCUUUCUCCCUCCUCUCCCACCAAACCAGCGUCUCUUUCUCCCUCCUCUCCCACCAAACCAGCAUCUCUUUCUCCCUCCUCUCCCACCAAACCAGCCUCUUCCUCCUCCUCCUCUCCCACCAAACCAGCCCCUUCCUCCUCUUCCUCCCCCACCAAACCAGCAUCUCUUUCUCCGUCCUCUCCCACCAAACCAGCCCCUUCCUCCUCCUCCUCCCCCACCAAACCAGCUUCUCUUUCUCCCUCCUCCCCCUCUUCCACCAAAGAGGCAACGUCCCCAUCUUCCUCUCCUACAAAACAAGCCUCCCCCACCCCAGUCUCUCCGAUCCAACCUGUUGUAUUCUUCCCCCUCUCUUCCCCUACCAAACAAGAACCUUCCUCCCCUUCUCCCAUCCAUCCCACCCUGUUUCCCUCUCCUCCUUCUACACCUCCUAGAUCGACGACCCCACCCUCUCCCAACCUUCUACCUACUGAAGAGAUAAUGGAGAGGAUGUAAUUGGCAGGUCAGUCCUGUAGCCAGGUUCACCCCCUCCUUCUCUUUACAUGUAUUUAUCAGAAAACAUUUCCAGUAGCUGUAAACUGAGCCAGUGACUGCUGUGUCUUUAUUUUUGUCCCCUUCCGAUCCCACUCAUUUUCAGAGACAGAGGAUACAAGGCAUGUACUGAGAGUUUCACGAUUGUAUAUAUGUUAGUAUUUAUUAAUUAAGGAUGUGAAGAAAGGGAAUGAAUUGAAUAUAUCACUGUUCUGAGUGCUUUGUCGUUGAGAGUCAUGCAUUACUCCAGUAUAUCACAUUAAUGUGAUUUUUUUAAUUAUUAUUAUUUAUUAUCCCGUUUGAACUGCCUGUGGCUCUUUUGUAAAUAGUUACUCAUUACAACACAGACAUCAUGGUAAACUACCACCACUUUAGCAGACAGACAGUAAGUCCAUAACACAAGUAUUUCAGCGUAUUCAAACCCUCUGAACCUGCUAGCUUAGCUACCUGCAGCGUAAUCCAACUACUGCAUAACCAUUGUUUUCUCUGACUACAGCCACCCCAAUGGUAACUGCAAAAUUACUGUUACACUUCAGUUUUCCUGUUUAUGUGUUAUAUAUACAAGUUCAGUGGGUUGACAAAAGUAGUACCAAGUGCUAAAAGGAAUAAGGCAACGGAAACGGCCCUCAGCAGGAGAUUCUGCGCCUCUGAAUCAGAAAUUUGAAAGAGGAAAUAAUCAGACAAGUUAAAGCCUGUGAAUAUUCUCAUUCAUCCAGGUCAUGGUUAUCUCAAGGAAAUUCAAUCGAAUGCAACUGGACUUAGUUAUUUGUCUUUGAAUUUCCUUGAGACAGACAAGUUAAAGCUGACUCAAAUGGCCGUUCACAUUCAAUUUUUACAAGGUGUGCUCAAAUCCAAAUUACCAAAAAAAAAAAAAUAGAAAAAUGUUCUCAGUCACCUUUAGUGCAGUGGUUCCCUGUUCUUUUGGCUGCAUAUUUCUCUGCAUUGUGGUUGUUUCAACUGAAGAUUCAAAUUGUUUUAUUUAAAUACGUUGAGGGGUUGGAAGGACAAAGACAUUUAAUUCAAAAGCAAACAUCAGGGAAAAAAAAAAAAGUAAACUUUUUUCCUGGUCAUCCUGUCCUGCUAUUCGCCUUGAAACCCCUUAGAUUUAUCCUGUGACCCCCUGAAGAGGGUCAACUCCAGACAGCAGACCCCCAGCUUGGGAACCACUGCUCUGUUGUCCUAAUACAGAAUGCAACGUGUAUUAGAGACUGAGACUACAGGUUUGCAAAUAUAACCGAUCAUCUGCCUAAAAUUCCACUUGUGUCUCUGGGGUAGGAAGAGUGACUGUAGAGAAACAUAUCUCAGAACUGGGGCAAAUAAAACAAAAGCUUGGUAGAUUAUUUUGUGCACCCAACGUAAUUAACAUUCAUUCACAUUCUGAUUGCAUUAUAUGACAUGAACGUUCUAAGUUGUACCUACUGUGAAGAAUCUUUCCAGCUGAAACUUGAAGGUUUGUUUUUGUCCCUGUGUGUCUGAGCAGUCAAAUCACUCAGUCAUAACUGCUGUACGUAAAAACAGAUCCAGCAGCCAUUAAACCAGGUUUGUUUCUGAUGAACUGGAAUUUUUAAAUCUGAACUCCUUUCUGUUGCGGCUACAGUACUGCAGGGAAGGCACAUUUGCCAGCUGACGUACUUGCCAUUGGGUUGCAUGAAACUGAUCAAUCAAUCAAUAAUCAAUCAACACUGUUCCCUCAAAGUUUUCACGCAAUGGUUUUUGAUCUGUUGGAUUCAUACGAGUGAAUGUGUUGUCAUGGCGACAGGUCUGUGCCUGACCACUAGCUAACAGCUCUUAGCUUAGUGAUUGAUGCCUUUAUCAAAACCAGCUUGGCUGAAAAAUCGGUUUCCAUAUUGUGCUUCCUGAGUGAUAAGUUUUAAGUUAUUUGUUUUUUUUUUGUUUUGCACCCACUUUAAGCUCCACGUCGUUUGUCCCAGCUGGCGUUCGUAGGGCUAACUCCCCCGUAACUCUUCAGGACUUUCAGCUGCAUGCGUACUCCUUUGCCCACUUCCUGUCUCCCUGUAAGACAAAACCCUCACACGUGCACAAAGUCAAGUUGGUACAUAAUGUCAUUUAGCUUCUUCUUAUGUAUAUGUGGUCAAAGUAGAUUUUCAUAAGCAGUUUGUAAAGGGAAAUUUGUAUGAAAAGACAGUUUUGAAACAGGAAAAUCGUCUGUAUCAAACUGCAGUGUUGGUUUUUAUUAGGCACAGAGUGGCUGCUUUUAAUGUCCUACUCUUCUGAAACAGCAGUACAGCGGAAAAUAAAAAUGCAAUAAAGAAUUCAAAAGACUCUGUGAGAUUUGUGUGUGACCACAAGUUGGCCACUAGAUGGUGCUACGUAGUCUUGGUGACUCAAGACACUCAUACCAAGGACAAUUCAAGUUAUAAAAUUCAAUUUUAUUGUCAGAACUCAGCACACAAAACACUCCAAAAUGAUUGCAAAAAAUAUUGGUUUAUAGUUAACGGCUCUCAUAACUGGAAAUUCAAACCACAUCAACUUAGAAGGAAUGUUUUUCCUCAAAAUCAAAAAUACAAGUGGACGUUUAUUUUACUGAGGAACAAAGGAAUAUGCUUCAUUGCCAUUUUAGUGCUAAAACACAACUUCACAUAAUCACUCAUCCGAGGAUUUAGAGAGCUGUGAUGAAGGAAAAAAAAGAAAACUUCAGACUUAAGUCCUUCCUUUCAUUGCACAUCUCACUCUACUGUUAGCUGCUUUGGAGACAGAACUCAAAGAAGACUUUAAAGAUGCUACACUGCCUUUGGACACUGGUAUGAUGACAUGACAUUUUUUAUUAAUUGAUUUGAACAUUAAUCAAGUGCCCCAUUUUUAGAAAAAAAAAAAAGAUUUAACUACUUUUUUUAUUCACUCAUGUAAAUGUAAAAGGAGCAAAAUCCUUGCCGUGGUUUUAAUGACAUCCUCCUCUCCAUAAGGCUCAUAGGUUCACCAUCACUGGGUGCGAGUGGGAAGCGUUUUAGAUGUUUGAAAUAUUGAAUGAUAAUAUGAGAGGUCUGCGCUGAUAUAAUUUACAUUAUACAGUGAGCCGUGUGCAGAAACGCAAACUCUUAGCAAGCACAGAGGGAUGGGAAUUUUAAAUAUGGAGGACUACAUUUAAACAGAAUAUGUAAAUAUUUAGAUAUGUAUAUAUGUAUAUUCCCUCUUCAUUUAUCCUCCUGUCCAAUACAGUUAUUAUUUAUUCAAACAUUUCUUAUCUACCGAAUGUGGUGCCAAAUAGGCAGAAAGCUGUGAAUGAUAGCUUAGUAAUUAUUUCCCACAUACACGCCUACAAAAAAAAAAAAAAAAGAAAGAAAGAAA